AUGCGAUGCGAUCAUUUCCUUCAAAUUUAUUUUAAACGAGAGUUACUUCUUUUCCUCAUUUUCCAGAAGAUCAAAAGUUGGGAACAACUGGCAGAGAGUGUAAUUCGACCACAAAGUGUUGUUCGUGAAAAACUAUUGGAUGGUGCUCUAAUUUGGCCAGUAAAUGCGACAAAUUAUAACUUUUCAAAACGAUUCAAUUCUAUCAAAAAUAAUGCAGCCGAAAUUCGAACAGAUUUCCGAACAAAACUGGUUCCACUGCCUGAGUCAUUUCAAACCGUGGAUAUUCGGUUUACAGCGUCUCCAAUGCAUCCGUUCGAAUCUGCUUUAUCGCAAAAUGAAGGAAAAAAAAUAAAAGAAAAUGCCAAAAAGAACCGAAAGCAAUCAAUUCUGUUAACUGGAGGCAUUAAAAAUUCCAAGAAUGAUAAAAAAAUGCUUCAAGAGAAUUCAGUAGGAAUAGUAGAUCGAGAAAACGAAAAGUCAUUUGGAUCAGAAUUUGUGCCAGCUACUGAAUUUUGGAGCCGGAAUAAUCAGAUUUUAGAAACAACCAAUCAUUUCGAAAAAGAAAAGCAAAUUUUUAAUAAGAUGAAUUUUCAAAGGCCAAAAAACACUGAAUAUCGAAACACUGAAGCAAAAUUUGUUGCAAUGGAUAAACUGGAAAGUAUGGGAAGUGAAAAUCAACGAUAUGAACAAGCCAAUUUACUCAAUUCGAAAAAAAGCAUCAAGCCUAUCUUAUCAAUAAGUGAAACAGAAGGUGAUGGUGAUGAUUUUGAUUUGUUGAUGAAUCUGGAAUCAAAUUAUCCUCAAAUGUUGACAUCAAAACCACAAGUUUGGUCUGAUACCAUGCCAUUUACUAAUGAAAUAAACAAACAUAUUGAACAUGGCAAACAAAAACAAACAGGAUAUCAAAGUUUGAAUCCAGAAUGCAUUACAUGUACCGUAAUCAGCAAUCAACCAUGGAACCCAUUGAAUACUAUUGCACAACCAGGAAAAAUUUGGACAUCUGAAUAUCACAUACCGAUGAUAAACCGGUUCCCAGCUCCAGCAUCACAAUAUCAACCAAACUACCAACAAAAUUCUGUAGGCUGGGAUCAGGCAUUCAUGUUCCAAGGACCAAUAGGUCAAUUUGUCACACCAAUUACACCCAUAAAUGGUAUUUUCGAUAAUUUCAUGCAUUUGAAACCAUCCACUUUAAAUAUUCCAUGGAUGCCAAAUCGAGGAGCAACAACUAUUAAUCGAUCAUGGAGUGCACAUAAUAUUAAAACCCCUACAAAUCCCGUAUAUAUCGGAUAUGCUGAAUCAUCUUUACCUGCCUUACGAACUAUUCCUCUGCCAACAGCUGCAUCAAUUUCACAAACUGAUCCAUCUUUUAAUGAUUUUCGCUCUUACAAUAAAUUACCGCUAUUAUCAACAAUGACAACCAUGAAAGCAAACUACCAGAAGAUUGAUAGCGGAACUGGUGUUUACAAUAAUCAGCAGCAACAAAAAAAUCCGCGAACUCAUCUUGAGAACAGCGUGAAUGUCCGCGACUUGAUUGAUUGCUGUGUUCGAGUAACAUCGGUUAAAACUACAACGAGGAUAUGA